AUGCGGGAAAUUUCCUCCGCGCAGGACAAUUGCAGGACAAUUAGACCAACAGGAGAGACAGGAGGACGGCUUGAGGCAGCGCCCCGUAUCAUUAUUCUGAUUCAGCAACAAGCAGAGGACGCCAUGUCAGCCGCGUCUCUUGGAUGGUGGCGGCUAGUCAGGAAGCGGGCUAGGCUCAGGGGUCAGAAAGCGAAAAAAAAAGGCUCUUCUCGUACAUCAGGCACACUUCCAGGGGCUGUGGCCACCUUCCAAACCCUUUAUCUACCCUGCCCUCUCCCGCUCCUCGUCCGUCUCUCUUCUUUCUUCCUUCUCUCUCUCCCUCGCUCCCUCUCUUGUUCGUUACCAACAUUCUCUCGUACCAAGCCAUUCUCUCUCUCUUUUCCAGAGCAGCUUGAUUCUUGCGGCACAGCAUUCCUUUUGGUGUCCUUGACUCUCGCCCGUCUCUACUCACUCUCUCUCAACUCUUUGCCUGGUGCAUUGUGUUCAUUUUUUUUGGAAUCGCUUGGUCCGAUUCUCAACCGUCUUUCUGAACAUACAAACCGUCCUUUGCAGCUCACUCUUUGGCUGUCUGUCCCUCGUCGAACGAGAAAUAUCACAUAUAUCAGAUCUAUAAAAAGAACCACCGUCGAAAUGGCUCCCCAGUUCCUCAAGGCCCUCACUGUCGCCACGGCUCUCGGCGCUACUCUCGCGACCGCACUUCCGGUCCAGCCGAAACCCACCGUCUGGCACACUACCACCCAGGUCGUUGUCAAGACCAUCACCAAGACCGCGACUGUUCACGGUACUCCAGGACCUGACUACACUGUCCCGCCAGCCUACACCACGCCAGCUGCCCCGACUGUCCCAACCGACGCUCCACAGCAGCCCUCGUACACGCCAGUUCCUCCGGCUCCAGCACCCUCUUCCAGCAGCUCUUACAGUGCCCCUGCUGAGCCUUCGUCCUCCUCCGUCCCCGCUCCUCCCCCACCGCCACCAACCACCACGUCUACUCCUGCUCCAGCGCCAACGACCUCCACCACUCCUCCUCCACCUCCACCGGCCAUGACCACCCCACCACCACCACCUCCUCCACCAGCUACCAAGCCACCAGUCGUCAGCAUCCCACCAAUUGGCGGCGGAGGCAGCACCUACACUGGUCCAUGUGCUGCCGGCUCUCCAUGCACUGGUGAAAUCACCUUCUACGACGGUGGUCUUGGUGCUUGCGGUACCAACAUUGACACCAACGGCGAGGAUGCCAUUGCUCUCCCCAUCGAGCUCAUGGGCCCUCUCAGCAACAACAACCCAUACUGUGGAAAGCAGGUCCAGAUCUCCUACAAGGGCAAGACCGCUACUGCUACUGUCAAGGACAAGUGUGCUGGCUGUACCGGAAACAACAUCGACAUGACCCGCUUCCUCUUCUACAAGUUAAUUCGGUUCCUGGUGGCAUUCACUAACUCCUCAAACAGCGGUGUCGAGGCUGAUGGCCGUAUCCACGGUGUCGAAUGGCACUUCAUCUAA